AUGGCUCCGUAUGAGGCAUUGUAUAGAAGGCCUUCUAGAUCCUCGAUAUGUUGGGCAUAUCCGGAGGAUAGCUUAUUACUUAGACCGGAGCUUGUGAGACAGACUAUAAAGAAGAUAGAUAUGAUUCGGGAGCGCAUCCUUGUAGUGCAGAGUCAUCAGAAGAGUUAUGGAGAUCUGAGGCGACGACCGUUAGAGUUCCAUAUAAGGGACUAUGUAUUGUUGAAUGUAUCUCCGAUGAAGGGAGUUCAGCAAUUUGAUAUGUGGGGAAAGCUAGCCCUGAGGUAUAUUGGUUCGUUCAAGAUUAUUGAGUGCAUUGGAGCCAUUUCGUAUCGGCUAGAGAUUCCCACAUCAAUGUUGAGCAUACACGAUGUUUUUUAUGUUUCUAUGCUUAAGAAGCAUUUGCGCGAUGAGGAGCAACAGCGAGUGUUAGAUGCACCAGAGAUUGAGCUUAAUGACGACUUGACCACGAUAGAGGUUCCUGUAUGUAUUCUUGCCAAGGAGGACAAGAAGCUUAGAAAAAAAGUGAUACCUUUGGUUAAGGUUCAAUAG